AUGGCAACCACAGAACCCCAAUCUUAUAAUCCGGACAUACCGUCAGACCCUGUGACCAAGACCACAGACACCAUCCAUGUCGAACUCACUCCGUACGAUCUAGACUCCUUGUCAGCAACAAAAUUUGUCCGCUCUCCAUCCGCAGGCGCAACUGUCUUGUUCAUAGGCACGACUCGCGACUCCUUUAACAAAGAGCCUGUUUCAUCUUUGGCCUACACUUCUUACGCUCCCCUUGCCAUCAACACACUCUUUAAGAUCGCCACAUCAAUCCUCACAAAACAUUCAUGCACUAAGAUCGCCAUCAUUCAUAAGUUGGGUGAAUGUCCAAUUGGCGAGGAGAGCAUUGUCAUUGCAGUAUCGUCACCGCACCGCCAGGCGGCAUGGAGGGCUGGUGAGGAAGCAUUGGAGGAGACGAAGGAUAAAGCUGAAAUCUGGAAGCUCGAGAGGUUCGAGGGGGGUGAGGGUGUUUGGAGAGCGAAUAGAGACGGGCAAAAAGGUGUCAAGGUUGAAGAUGGAAAGCCUUCAUGA